GAAUUAUCAAAAUGAUUGCAUCAUCUAUGAUUUAUGCUUGAAGCUGUGAUUCCAGAGUAGGAAGAUCUUCCCUUAGCUUGAAGGCCUUGGGUUUGAAACCCAUUGAUUUGUUGAAUGAUUCUGGUGAAUAUACAAUAAAAAUGGCGUGGUUUCGGGUUGCUCGUGCUUCGCGUAGGCUUCAGAGACCCUCUCUCUUUUCCUCCUCAGUCUCUCUCUCUCGCUCCAUCUUGAAUCCCUUACCGGUUUCCUCUCACCCAACACCAACACCAACACCAGACCCUACUCCUGAUUAUCAUAAGCCGUUCAGGCAGUACUACCGGUGCACUCCCGUUUCCGACUUGUCCCGCGAUAAUUUGAAAUUGGAUUGGUGGGUUCAUAAAUCGGUUGCGCACAUUUCGACGAGCGUGAGGGAGAGUUCGAACAGCGAGGAGGAUAAGGAUGGAGGAUCGCGACUGCCCAAGGCGGAGGUGUCUUGGAUCGACUUGUAUUUGCCGAAACAAGCUCGCCCUUAUGCUCGUCUCGCUCGCCUCGAUAAGCCCAUUGGGACCUGGCUGCUCGCUUGGCCUUGUAUGUGGUCAAUUACCUUGGCAGCGUCACCGAGACAUCUCCCCGAUUUUAAGAUGUUGCUGCUUUUUGGUUGUGGGGCACUACUUCUAAGGGGUGCUGGAUGUACCAUAAAUGACCUCCUUGAUCGGGAUAUUGAUACCAUGGUGGAACGUACGAAGUUGCGACCAGUUGCAAGUGGUCUUUUGUCUCCAUUUCAAGGGCUUUGUUUUCUUGGGUUUCAAUUGCUUUUGGGUCUUGGGAUUCUCCUUCAAUUAAACAAUUAUAGCCGUAUUUUGGGGGCUUCAUCCUUGUUGCUAGUCUUCUCCUAUCCCCUUAUGAAGAGGUUGACAUUUUGGCCUCAAGCCUAUCUAGGUCUGACCUUUAACUGGGGUGCUUUGUUAGGGUGGACUGCAGUUAAAGGAAGUCUGGAUCCAGCCAUAGUGUUUCCAUUGUACCUUUCUGGAGUAUGUUGGACUCUUGUGUAUGAUACGAUAUAUGCACAUCAGGAUAAAGAAGAUGAUUUGAAAGUGGGUGUUAAAUCUACGGCUUUGAGAUUUGGAGAUUCGACUAAGCAAUGGAUUACUGGGUUUGGAAUUGCAUGCAUUGGUAGCCUUGCCCUCAGUGGAUUUAAUGCUGGGAUUGGGUGGUCAUAUUAUGCAUUUCUGGCAGCUGCAUCUGGACAAUUAGCUUGGCAGAUAUGGACAGUUGAUCUAUCAUCCCGUGCUGAUUGCAAUAGAAAAUUUGUGUCCAACAAGUGGUUCGGUGCUAUUAUUUUCAGUGGGAUCUUAUUUGGAAGGCUUUCAUCAUAGUGGGAAAAGAAAGCUUCCAGAUUGAACAAACGGCUGAAGGGCUUAACUAAGUUCAUUGACAAGUAUAAGCUGCUCUCUCUCACAUAUGUGCAUGCAUGCACAUCGUGAAUGUACACCGAAGGGCUGGACUUGAACCAAACUAGCUUAUGGAGUUCGUAAUUGAUCCAUGUUUGGAUGGGAAGUGUUUUGUUGGGAGGAAGUGAGUUUUUUCGUGUUGCAUUUACUUUACUUCUGUACCCAGAACCGCAAGAAAGGAAGAAGAGGAGAGAUUGGGGUGGGGGUGUUGGCCUCUUAUUAAAUAAUUGGACCUUUUAGCCUCAUCAAAGAUGUUUAAGGCAAUGCUCUUGUAUGGUAUCUCAUAUUAUUUGCUUUUGCUGAAAUGCUAAAAGCUACACUUCAAUUUUUUCCUUCA